AACUUUGAUAGAGUUAUUUUCCUUUGAUAGCCCAUCACUUUCAUCAACUCUUUCUCUCUGUUUAAAAAGUUUAUUAUAAGUGUAUUUUAUAUUAAUUUAACAAAUAAAAAAACAUCCCAAUAUUCUUAUAUAUAUAGCCUCCAAAAUAAGUUCAUUUAUUUCCAAUAGAGACUCAAAAUUGAGUCAUCACGCAAGUUUUAAUUAACACCUACCAAAAAAAAAAAAAAACCUCUUUUUCUCUUCUUUCUCUCGAUGAUGGGUUCUAUCAUAAUGAUAAGGCAAAUUUUAGCUGUGGUGGUGUUCCUCUUAUUAUUAUUAGUUCUAAACGAAGCAAAAGGUAAUAAUAAUAAUAAUAAUAAUAUUGAGCAUCAUGAUCAUUUCAACAGGUUCGUAGUACAUGGUAAUAACGAUAUUAUUAAUAAUACGAGAAUAAUUACGACGAAGGGGUGUGAUUUCUGGGAUGGUAAUUGGGUAUACGACACGUCGUAUCCACUCUACGACACCUUAAAAUGUCCUUUUGUAGAGAAGGAAUUUGAUUGUGUACAGAACGGUCGACCUGACAAGCUCUACCUUAAGCUCAGAUGGCAGCCCACUUCCUGCAAAUUACCAAGAUUCGAUGGGCGAGAUUUCUUGACAAGGUUUAGAGGAAAAAGCAUAAUGUUUGUUGGGGACUCAUUGAGCUUAAACCAAUGGCAAUCUCUUACUUGCAUGCUUCAUACAGCUAACCCAUUGGUCCAAUACAAAUCGGUUAGGGUUGGAGACCUCUCUGUAUUUUCAUUUCCGGCAUACAAUUUGAAGAUAAUGUUCUCUAGGAAUGCAUUUCUAGUGGAUAUUGUAGGCACAAGUGUGGGACGAGUUCUUCAACUCGACUCAGUUCGAGGUGCAACAUUGUGGAAAAACGUCGACGUUUUGAUCUUCAACACCUGGCACUGGUGGCUUCACACUGGCAGAAAACAGCCAUGGGAUUUGAUUCAAGAUGGGCAAGUCUUAGUGAAAGACAUGAAUAGAUUGGUUGCGUACGAGAAAGCUUUGAACACAUGGGCUAAGUGGGUCGACACCAAUGUGGAUCCAGCUAAAACUAGAGUCUUCUUUCAAGGGGUUUCCCCAGACCAUAAUAAUGCAACGGAAUGGGGAGACAUGAGUGGGAGGAGCUGUAGUGGACAAGCAAAAGCACUAAGUGGGUUGAGCUACAAACCAGGCCCACACCCAGCAGAAUUGGUAGUUGAGAGAGUGGUUCGCUCCAUUUCAAUGCCUGUCACUUUGCUUAACGUCACAGCCCUGUCACAGCUAAGAAAGGACGGUCACCCCUCCUUCUACGGCCACGGCGGCCACCGUGACAUGGACUGCAGUCAUUGGUGUCUCGCCGGAGUACCCGAUACUUGGAAUAUUCUCUUAUAUGCUUCUCUUAUACAAAAUUAAUUACUUAAUACUAAUUAUAAUUAGUUAUAUUGUUAUUAAUUCUUAUCAAUAAUGUAACUACCAAAAAAAUGAAAAGAGGAAAAAGAAAAAAGGUAGUGUGCUUAUAAAUUUUACAUCUAUACAUGUAUGUACUAGAUUUUUUAUAUUGUUUAUGGCUAUAAUGAAUAAGUAUAUAUAUAUCAAGUUAAUAUAGUAA